CGACACCUUUUCACAACUUUCUCAAUAUACCCACAUCCUUGAGCAAUGAGCAAAUAGCAAUUGAUUGCUUGAUUCAAAAUUUUAAUCCCGAUAAAUGCUCAUUCAUGAUUGGGAAUAAAAAUUGUGUGUUCGGUAUAGAUGAUAUUCACCGAAUUACCGGAUUGCCAAAGGAGGGAAUUCCGAUAAAAAUGAGUGGGGCAGCGGCUAAUACAAUCUACACCUAUUUUGUAAAGAAUUAUAAGAAAGCCGAUGAGGAAAAGAAGGCGGUGAUUUCGGGGAAGCGCGAUAGAAUGGCCGAGAUGAUUGUAGAUAUGAUUAAUGAAGACCCUAUAAUAUGUGUGAAACUUAUUGUGGCUUUCAUUAUCGGCUUCAUAUUAUGCCCGCGGACAUGUAAGACAUGUCCCUUGUGGGCGUUUAGAUAUGCGGAGCAGUUAUCAACUUUGCAUAAAUAUAAUUGGUGCCAUGCGGUGUUCACUCUUCUUUGCAAAGAGAUGAGUAAAUCAAAGAAGUCUCUUAGUAUGCGGGAAUUAGGUCAGCGCUCAAAUGCCGGGUACAUGGGUGGUUUUUCCUCCGUUUUACUGGUUUGGUUUUAUGAAAAAGUGGGGGAAUUAGAGUAUACUUCUGAUGUUGAAAGGUUACCGCUGCUCUUUUGUGUGACGAGUACUGGAAAGUGGAGGAGGACUACUAUGAACAAAUUAUAUAGAGUCCCGAAGUUGUAUUUGUACAUAUCGUUGUUCUAA